UUUGUCUUAAAUGUUCAAGAACUGGAUCCGCUCACCUUCCAUUCCCCCUCACCGGGCCCCACAACUCCCCCACGCCCCACUGCGCCGCCUCCGACGCCAGCCGAUGGCAUCGCCCCGUCUCCUCCUUCGAACCAUCUCCUCCUUCUCUCCCCUCCGAGUCCUUCUCCUUCUCUCCGCCGUCCUCAUCCUCUCCUUCCUCCUAUUCUUCCCCAAACCCCUCCUCCGCCCCCCGGACGGUGCCGCAACCCCGCGGCCGCCGGCGCCCACCCCUACCUCCCCCCGCCACCUCCUCUUCGGAAUCGCCUCCUCCUCCAGGUCUUGGCCUCGCCGCAAGCCCUACCUCCGCAUCUGGUGGCGCCCGGGCCUCAUGCAAGGCGCUGCCUUCCUCGACUCCCCCUCCGCCCCAGCUUCCGGUGACGACGAUGACUCGCGCCUCCCCCCCGCCCGCGUCUCUGCAGACUCCUCCAACCUCCCGUACGCCUACAAGGGCGGCCUCCGCUCCGCCGUCCGCGUCGCCCGGAUCGUGAAGGAGCUCGUCGACGGUGUUGUCGGCAAUGGCUCCUCACCCGACGCCCGCAGCGACGACAUCAGGUGGGUCGUGCUCGGCGACGACGACACGCUGUUCAUCCCGGAGAACCUCGCUGGAACCCUGGCGAGGUACGACUGGGAGCAGUGGUACUACGUCGGCGCGGGGUCGGAGAGCGUGGAACAGAACGCGAAGCAUUCCUUCUCGAUGGCAUUCGGGGGAGGGGGCUUCGCGAUCAGCUAUCCGUUAGCGAAGGCUUUGGCUAGGGUUUUGGAUUCUUGCCUUGUGAGGUAUGCCCAUUUGUAUGGGAGUGAUGAUAGGGUCUUCUCCUGCUUGGCCGAGCUUGGAGUUGGGUUGACACAUGAGCCGGGGUUCCAUCAGUUUGAUCUUCGUGGAGAUAUUUUUGGGAUUUUGUCAGCACAUCCAUUGUCUCCUCUGAUAUCACUUCAUCAUAUCGAUCGUGUGGAACCAAUAUUCCCAGGCAUGACUCAUGUAGCAGCCUUGGAUCAUCUAUUUAAAGCUGUAAACAUUGAUCCAGGCAGGAUUUUGCAGCAAACUAUUUGUUAUGACAGCACAAAAUUGCUUACUGUUUCGGUUUCCUGGGGAUAUGUGGUCCAGGUUUUUGAAGGCAAUCAACUUCUUGUAGAUCUGCUUUCUUUGCCACAAACAUUUACUCCAUGGAGGAGAGGUCGUAAUUCUUCUUUAAUUCCAUAUAUGUUGAACACCAGGGAGCUCAACAAAGAUCCAUGUAAAAGACCAGAUAUUUUCUUUUUUGAGAGUGUGGCUUUGGAUAAGGAGAAAAUACAGAGCAAUUACACAAGGCAUGCAUUUGGAAAUUGCCAACAAAAUAUGAGUCCGGCCAAGGAUCUUAAACAGAUCAGGGUGUUCUCACAACAACUCCGUCGUCAGUCUGGGCUGGCCAUACGACGAGAGUGCUGCGAUGUUUCACAAACAUCUUCUGAAACAGUCAUGGAGAUAAAUAUCAGGAAAUGUAAAGAUGAUGAGUUAAUUGCGAUGCAUUGGUAGACAGGAUGAGAAUAGCUUAACCAAACAAGUUUGGAGAAAAACUGAUUUGGUUAAUUUGAGGAAAAGAAUGAAAAGAAUAUGUUUUUUGUUGAAAAUAGUCUAGACAUAUAAAAUUUUCAUUUAUACAUGAAGUUUAUGCUUUUGGUGUCAAUUUUCUUUUUGAAUCUUUGAACCAUUGUAUUUGUCUACAUUUGUCUGUUGCUGGCACAUUGUGUCAUGAACCUUUACCAUGGCUACAAAGACGAAGGCAUUUCAUUACCACACAAAUGCAGCACUUUUCAAGUUAAGGAAGAUGUCAAUCAUCGGAAUAUAGUCGGUCAUACGAUGCAGAUGCCUGAUGCCUAUCAAAAGGGAGAAGGUACUUCUACCUGCAAUUCAGAUAUUUUCUUACAAGCCAAGAAUUCAGUUCAGUCUCCUGACCCUUUUUCCAUUUGUGAUUAGCUGACAUUAUCUUCCAUCAUGGAAUGUCAUUUGGGCUUUUAUAAAUGGCUACAAGACUGAUUCAGAUUGUUGUCCUUUAAAGAAAGGUUGGUUCGUUCGAGCUGCUUAUAACAUCUCUGCAUUUGCUGACUGAUGAAAGGCAAACCAACCUUCAGAGAAUAGAUUGACCUUCACCGAGUAGCAUUGUUCAUUCUUUGUACUUAAAAGGAGUUACUGAUUCAUCAAUGAAGAAGCAAACUCAUGAAUGAGCUGGACGAGUCCGAGACAUCCAAACCAAAUAUCUGACUGGGUAGAUCAAGAUUCAUCUGAGACAGAGAACAUCUGCUGGACUUUGUACACUUCAAACCAUGUCUACAGGUCUGGUUUUUCUCAGUUCAGAAUUUGGACAGCAAAAAAGAUUCACAAACCAGUUUGUAUGUGCCAGUCCUUUUGAUACAUUUUGUAUCCAGAGACCAGAGUUCUAUAACUUUUUAAGAUUACAUCAGCUUCUUUUAGUUCAUGCUUCUAAAUGGUUGACAAUGGAACUGUAUCAUCAAUCUAUAUUAUGUUAAUGAAAUGCUUUACCAUUCUGUGA